UACCAAUUGAUUUGUUCACGGACCCUCUAUUUUGUGCCGAGCGAAACAUGAAAGAGGAACCGCGCAUUGACACAAUCUUCGCUGCUCCUUCCAGGUUGUACAAUAUCACACCAUGAAGGUCUCUAUUGCCCCCAUUCGACGGCAAAAUGAAGAGAUUCGGAUAUCCAGGCAACUGUAUUUUGGUAGUCUGCUGGCAUCGUUUGUGCUGGGAUGCAUGUUGAUGAGCUUUCGAUCGCCGCCAAUACCCCCACAACAACAAGCUCCACUUCUCUUAUCCAGCAGCAGCAGGGAAAUUAGGAGGGAGACAGCAAGUAUUGCACAGAGUAAUGUUGGGGUUGACAAAAUAACGACAUCAUCUACAAACACUGCUGUUGAUACGAGCAAUGCUGCUGCGGAUACAAGUACUGCUGUUUCCCCGGGCAUGGACCCCACCGAAUACCGGAACAGUCCGUUACUGAAAAAGCACACUUGGUUAACCGACCAAUGGUUGCAUUCCUGUGCCAACGAGUUGAUUGCCGAAUGCGAAAAGGAAGCUCCUUGGUGUCGCAAAUUCAAGAAUGAUCAUCCCGUAUACCCACUGGGCGACUGUAUCAAAAUGUGUGCCCGUUGUGGCAAUGGCAAAAAUUUCCAACCCGACGAACCCCGGCCUCUGGCACUCAAUUACAGCAAAAUUGCCUGUCCUCGCAUUUACAAAAAGAGUGGAACACCCAAUCCGCGGUAUAUAAGUGGUGGCAAUAUGGAUGUUGUGGCCGAAGUCAUGGAACAAAUGAAGGAUUUCGUGCCCUACAAGACCGCCACACCACCCGAAGAUGCCAUUGUGCUGCAUUUGAGAGUGGGAGAUGUCAUUGAAGAAUCCAAAGAUCCCGUCUUUACACUGCUCACACAAGGAGGAGAUCCACUGCACACGGAGGGAUACCGGUCUUCCAUCAAGUCGGUUUAUGAAUACCUUGACAAUAUUGAACAAUCCGGAAGCAAAAAUGUCAUUAUCAUUGGAGGAACCUACAAACCGCAAUAUUUCUUUUAUUCUCGCGUCUACAGUGGCUGCUUGGUCCGCGCAUUGGAAAAGGCCGGGAACAAUGUCACCAUCAACCUAGACGGCGGUGAUGCCGAUGCCGAUUUUUACUAUCUGUCGCAUUCCAAACAUUUCAUUGCUUCUGCGGGAGGCUAUUCCAAAUUGGUGGGUGACAUGGUCAAGCGAUUGGGGGGCAAUGUCAUUGGCAGGACGUUUUCGGAUAUGGAUUCCAUCAAGUACUAUGAAGAAAAUGGCAAGUACAUGAAAGCCGUCAAAAAGGAAAGACCCAAGCGAGGGAAAAAUAAUAAGCAAGAACAACAACAAUAAUAGUAAUGGAAUUACUGCUGGCAACAGAAUUACAAUCAACAAUCGACAGGAAACUCUUGGCCUGCCGUCGCCCACCACAAUGGUUCGUUUGCUGAAAUUUCAGUGUACUGUAGAAUAAACCUUUUGCACCGUUGCAAUUAUUGGAGGUUUGCUAAAACUUGGAGGGUAGAAUUGUGUUUACUAC